UCAUCAUCAUCAUCUCCCCCAACCCAAAUCUUCAACAACUUGUCCAAACUGUCACUAUAUUUCAACUCCCCGCCCCUUUUUCUCAUUGACCGCCAAUACAUUUCUCGACCAUCAUCUUCUUCCUCUCAAUUGAAUCAACCCCAAUGCUUCUCCAAACCCAGUCCCUCAUUCCCCAUUUGGCUCUUCUCCCACUCCCUCCUUCAAAACCCAUUUCCAAAACCCAAUUCUUCAACCCGAACCCACUUCGCAGAACCCACUCCCCACCUCCAAGAUGCUCGCUUUCCGCCGUUUCGGAGCCGACCCAGUUGCAAAAACCGAGCUCCAAGCCGUUUCCGGCCGAGGUUUCACGGACCAUUGUGGAGUUGGUCUCUGUGGGUACGCUUUCCACUUUGACCCAACAAGGUUGGCCUUUGGGAAUUGGGGUUCGCUUUGCUGUUGACCCUGAAGGGACUCCAGUCUUGUGCUUGAACGACUCCAAUAGACAAUUCUCUAUUGAUAGGAGGUCUAGUCUCCAUGUUCAGUUAGAGCAAUCCGGGUUGAGGACGCCUCAAUGCACCAUAUUAGGCAGCAUUGACAAACCAGAAGACAGGACCUUUUUGAAGUACCUUCAUUCAGUGUGGAGAAAAAGGUUUGAAGAAGAAGUUGAUGAAGAUCUUCUAUAUGUUGUUGAUGUGGACCGAGUACUUCAGAUGGAGGACUUUAGAGAGGUUGGUACAUGGAUCACAUCUUCAGAUUAUAAAAAAGCUCAACCUGAUCCUCUCCGAGACUUUUCAGAAAAGCUAGUGAAUGAUAUAAACACCAACAAUAUUGAAGAUAUUAACCGCUUUUGCAACAUUUAUGCUGAUUUGGACUUUCAGGUAUCUGAAGCAAAGUUGAUAUGGAUUGAUCGGCUAGGGCUUGACAUGCGUCUUUGGUCUCCUCAGAAUGGUAUUUUUGAGGUUCGCAUUCCCUUCCCCAGAGAUGUGACGGAUGAAAAAGGAGCAAAGUCAAUGUUUAAUUGUAUGGCGCAAUUAGCAUGGGAGGUCGAAAAGAAUUUCCAUGCCCCAGAUUUUGAGAAGGUGAAACAAGUAAAGCAGAUAACCAAUGUGUAACUGUAUCCAUAGCGACCGAUUUGUUUCUUUAGUUGCAAAAGCUGCAUCUUAGUUGAUCGAGCUCUUUUAUCUUUAUAGAAUCUUAUUAGGCAUCCGAAUCGAUCUCGUUAGUUAUGUACAAGGCUUUGGUAUGCAUGCAAUUAUAAUAUCAGAGAGAUUACAAUUUUGAGAUUGUAUUCGAGGUUUGAGUUUCUAUC